ACGCGCUGCGCAAACCACUUGGCAGUCACAACAAGCAGGCAGCAGAGGGUGAAAGUAGCCUACGGCUGUCUCUCAGAGUCGAAAACACUGUGGAUCAGAAUAUUUCCAAUAAUCUGCCCGGACAUAUCGCCAGUUAAGUUGAUUGAUUUUUGAUAACCAGAAUUGACAUGAAGCUCUGUGGACUUAAAGGAAUAGGCUCGUGAUCAGUGCUUUGCGUUUUGCUACCGGGACGUGGGACGUUUUAAAGCGCAGUCUGUGAUGCGCGCAGUGAACAUCGCCAUCAGUGACUGCAGUUCCUGUCUCUAGCACUCUCCUAGCAGAAGCAUAUGCUACUUACUCCUUGGAAACGAACGGGAUGGUCAUCACAGUGAAAUUAUAAAUUUACCCGUGGGUGCUCAUAUAUUGACUCAAAGGACAAAGCAAACUUGGGGAUUCACAAGAACAGGUCUGACAACACUGUGAUUUCAUCAAAUCAACCCGAAUGAGAUAGGCCUACCCUCUUUUCUGAGAAAAGGACCAUUACAAUCUGUCACAAUGAAUUUUGUCAUGAAAGCUGCAUUAGGAGGGGCCGGAAAAGAUUUGGGCAAUUUGGUUGGUGGGGAGAAGGAAGAAGACAAGGAUCCUGAAGCUGAGAAGGAGAAAGAAGAAGAGAGGCAAGAAGCACUGAGGCAACAGGAGGAAGAGAGGAAGGAGAAAUACAACAAGAUGGAGCAGGAGAGGGAGAAAGUGCGGCAGGGGAUCAGAGAUAAGUAUGGUCUCAAGAAGCGAGAGGUAGUGGAGGCUGAGGCGGCGGCAGCAGCUGAGCAGGAGGCUGAGGGCUCCAUGACUCGUGCCAAGAAGGCUGUACCGGCAGGCUGUGGAGACGGAGAUGAGGAAGAGGAGGGCAUCAUGGAGACGGUGAUGAAGUACCUUCCUGGACCACUGCAGGACAUGCUGAAGAAGUAGCCAAUCCCACGACCAGUCACCUGCACCUGCUCUGCCCUGCCCUUCAAGCCUCACCACCACAUCAGUGCUCCUGCCAGCUCUACAGUACACUCAUGCCACAAGCAGCAGAACAGGCGCUCGGCUGUAGAACGAAACACCAAUAUGUCUACCACUUGUAUUUGCGAGUGGCACAAGUUACCAAACACGCUGGCAAAACAUAGUCUUUGUCCCGGUAUGAUAACCAAACCUUGAGGUUGUUGUUGGCUUCAAGAUGAGACAUUCAUCUUCAGAAUGACUCAAGAUGCUGAGCAUGCCAUUUUAGAGUUUGUUUAUUCCGUCUGAUCACCCCAUUAGUUGAGAGCCUGGAGUAACUUGGAACCUGAAGGCCUGCUGUAUGCCUGCAUUAGUCAACAAACACUCUUAGUAAUCACUUUACUGACAUAGUGAGUGGCUAAACCUGCAAGCUUGAAAUGUAUGGAGGAAGAAAUUAAGGGCUCAGGUUCAGAUAACUUUUCACCAUACUGACAUUAAGCUUUAGAUGUUUUCAACCUGCAACCAAAUGUGCACUUUCUAUCUUCAGAGAACGUAGCGCACUGAUACAUACGAGUCAUCCACUAAAGAACAGUCUGUAUAUACUCACAAAGGAACAAUAUUUAUGUUUUCUAACGGUAUCCAUACAGAUCAAAGGGGAAAUCUCAGAAUAAAAGCCAUAAUUGUAUCUUCGAGAGAAGUCUCAAUAUCAUAACCAACAUGUUUUUGCUUUUCUUUUUUGCAUUGUUAUGGUUUAAAAUACCAUGUAACUUAACAUGCGGUCCACCGCACAGUUUUCUACUGAUUUGAUUUUAUUCAUAAAAAAAUAUAAUUGAAAAAGGAAAAAAAAUCUGCAUGGUACUGUAAGCAUCAUUGUGAAUGUGUAGAAGCUUUAAAAUUUCACGUUAUUAGCAAAAAAAAAGUUGUACACGGCAAUAAUUUUCAUCCAUAUUGUGUGCAAUUGUAUUUAACAAUAUGGCAAUUCACAAUUCAGUUUUUUGGUAGGCUUCAGACUUAACGUAGCCUCAUUCCAUUUUAAAAGAACGUUAACUCAAAAGACUUGCAAGAAUGCCAAAAUUCAUUUGAAAAAAAAAAAAGAUUGACAAACACCAAACUAAAUGGCAAGGCUGCUGAACAUCCACAUAAAAUAUUACACCAAACAAGAUGAUGGGUAUUGAUGGGUGCAAGUCUUUUUUUUCUUUCUUUUUUUUUGCAAAACACUUUGUAUAAACCAAAAGUGACAAUGAAUACGCAGUUUCUAACAAUUAUAUAUUUAAACUGGUAAUUGAAUGUUAUGAGCAAUAAAAGGAUAAUCCUGUAUGCCUGGCUUGUGAAAGAAAAUAAAACGUUUAAUAACACUUAACUACUGGAUCUGUGCAUUUACUCUAACAUGUUCUUAGCGUUUUGUUUAUAGGUUAUAGGACAGUCCUCCAUCCUUUCCCACAUUAAGUAGUAGCCACUUGCUCCAUGGGCCAUCCAAGGCUGUUAUUGUGCAGGGAUCUUGUGACAUAUAGUCAAGGACACAUGGUACCAAAUCAGUGGCUUCUACUGUAUAUACUGAAAUAGAGGCCAGUAGUAAAAUUGUCAAAAAGAAGUACAUUUAACCAACUUAGACAUAUGACUAUCUUAAAUCAUAACAUUUUCCAGGUCUUUUCCUUAAACAAUGACAAGAAGAGGGCAUUUUUAAUUUAAUUAUGGAAUUAUAAAACUACAGAUUUUAAAAAAAUAUAUCUUUUUCACAUCUCUGUUUAGGAUGGAUAAAAAAAACAUAACCCUUGUGAAAUGUCCUGUAUAGACCAGAAUCUCAGCAUGACAAAGACAAUCAUUUGAUCAUGCAAAUAAACAGGUUUAUUCUUGUAUCAACAAAAUCAAGACAACAAUUGAAGGAGUAUUUGGUUUUGAUAGAAGAAACAUGACUGUCCCUGAAGUCCAUCACCAAUGCUAGAUGCUAAACUGGUGCUGCCCCAGAGCUCCAGCCCAUCUCCAAAUAGGGCUAGCAGCUGGACAGCCCUCUGGGAAAUGGGGGCAGCUAAAGGCCCAGUUUGGCCAACCGCCUGACCUACAUAUCUCAAGGAGCCUCUUACCUCCCUGGAAAACAACUGAAUGAUUCAGUGUAACAAUGCAUGAGUGACGAUGCAUUUUCUGAUGCACUCUCUUUUAUAACCUCACUGUUUUCAAAGAGAACAUGUUGAACAGGGGUACUAGACAGGGCAUUCAA